GAGAGAGACAGAGAGAGAGGUGUAGCACAAACAGGUGUAUGCCAAACAGGUAAAGCUGCGUCUUCUUUUUUCUAAAGAGCAAACAUGAUGGCGUGCGCUUGACAAACCAACACGGAAAGGAUUUACACUUUCCACAAGGACUUUAUUCAACUAUAACUAUUAAUAUUUCUUCUCUUGGACGUGACUUGGGAAGGGGAUCAAGGAUGGAGGCAUGACUCCACCUCAGUGCUUCAUGCAUACCUGUCAUUAAGGAUACCAUUUACCUGGACCGAUGAACUUUAUUUCAGCGCUGAAGUCGUCACAGAUUUUGUACAGUUAACAGCAACUGCCGAGGAGAAUGACACCUCUGUUGAACAGACUGUCUGUGUGUCUCUGUGUCCUCUGGAUAUUUGUUACAGCGAUACAGGGAGACUUUGUGGAUCUCCCUUCAAACGAUCCCAUACGCUCCCUGGCGGAGGAGGAGAUCUUGCUGCCCUGUCGCUACCAGGCCACCGGUGGAGAUGUUGUGGUGCAGGUCACCUGGUAUAAGGUGCAACCCGUUGGCCCCAAGGAACAGAUCAUCACCGCACACCGUACUAAUGGACAGACAGCGUUUGGGUCGUGGUCUGGUCGUGUGCACUUUAAAGACAGCGACCCCACCAAGGACUCGUCUCUGGUCGUCAUGAGCACAGACGUCCCUGAUGAGGGGAAGUACAUCUGCCGCAUCAGCACCUUCCCCUCCGGCAACUUUGACAGAGAGAUGUCGCUCAUCGUGUGGACCAAUCCCAUCUUCUCCCUGGACCCGGUGAUUCUGGUGGAGGGAAUGGACUACCGGCAGGCCGCUACCUGUCGCUCUGUAGCCCGCCCACCUCCCCGCCUCUCCUGGGACACCGACCUGAAUGGCCAGUCCAUCAAUCGCUCCAACGACAACGGGGCGGUCUCCUCGCAGUUCUCCCUGCACCCGCUGAGGAGCAUGAACGGCAAGAAGCUGGACUGUCUGGUGUGGCAUCCGACUUUAACGGCCCCCCGCAGGCUCAGGAACAAGCUGGUGGUGCACUUUCCUCCACAUGCAGAGGUGUCUGGCUACGGUGGAGACUGGUCCGUGGGUAUGGAGAACGCUGCCCUGAGGUGUGUGAGUGGAGGAAACCCCAAACCACAGAGUUUCACCUGGAUCAGAGUGGGGGGAGAGUUGCCGGAGGGUGUGAUCCCCCACCCUAAUGGAACGCUAGCUUUUGGGCGACCCCUAAGCUUGUCAGAUGGAGGCACCUAUCAGUGUGUGGCGAAGAAUGACGUGGGAGUGGGGAAGGCGGAGAUGGAGGUUGGCGUGGCAGAACCUAAAGAGGAGCAGCCCAUGAUUGAGGGCAUGCUUAUGAUCAUCGUGGGGGGUGUGGCCGGGGGGCUGCUCAUCUUGAUGCUCAUCAUUGUCAUCAUCGUCACUUGCCACCACAAACGCAGGAACAAGAAGCUGGAGAAGGAGCUGACUGUGAGGAAGGAGGAAAUAAGCACUCUCUCCAGACAGGCUUCUUUCAGGAGAGUGAACUCUGUCAGCACAGACGCCAGAGGAACGACGGAGGAGAACAUCCCUCUGAGGGUGGAGGGAACCAUGAGGACCAGCCUGUCUUCCCUCGGGGAUGCUCACUGCAGCCGAUCUACUCUCUCAGGUGGACGGGGAGCGUUUGACUACCUGGGCAGACCAGUCCUGCACAACAACUCGCGGAGGGGAAGAGACAGGCUUCUGGACAGAGACGAGGAGAACCGACUCCGAGUGGAGACAUACGUGAGAAACAGCAGUAUUUCUUUACAGGAAACUCGUUUCCACCCUCCUCUCACGCCAUCAUCCUUCCCAGUGGUGCAGUCUACCGAGAUUGUGAGACAGCUGAACGGCAGCGCCAUUGUCCCGACAGAUGGGGGCUCGCGGCCAGGAAGUGUCUCCAAGAACCACCAGCACCCUUCUCCUCUGAGCUGCAACUACCCAGCGGUCACAGACGAUGAGGAUGAAGUAGAUGAAGGUUUGGGGGGUCCUGCCAGUCAGGAGCACCCUGACGACCAAGACAGCGAGACCAACAGCUCCCAGGUGUCCGAGGCUCACAGUGCACACUAUCAGCAGACUAACGGCACAAUCAGACCCAAAAUCCGGCCAAAGCCUGCGGUGGGCACUUUGGUCAGUCCCCAUGCAUCCCUGAUCCACAAGGCCCAGAUAGUUUAGCGGGCAGCUGGACAACGAGUACAAGACUGGCCAACUCUGGACCUUGAUGCUGCUUCUUCUUUAUUAUGUGGUGGUGCAAUA